CCUGCCGCCGGCGAGCGUCAGGCGGGGCGAGGGGGGGCCCGCUCCGCGCCCUUCCCCUUGCCCCCGCGCCCCGAGGAUGGCAGCGCUGCCCGCAGAAGAGGCUGGCGGCCGCGUCCCUCCUCUUUUUUUUUCCGGCGGCGGCAGCGGCGGCGGCGGAUCAUUGUUGUGUGGGAGGAGGGCAGCGGUGAUGGACUUGAUCUCCCGGGUCUCCUGCUGAGGCGGCAGCACAGCGCCCGCCAGCCAGCCAGCACCCGGCAGGGCCGCGCCGAGCCGAGCCGAGCCGGGCAGCGAGCGACGGCCCCGGCGGCCGGGGGUCCGCGUCCACCUCGCCGCUGCCGUCCUCCCGCACACGGACACGCAGCGCCCUCCUCCUCUGCCCUUUCAUCCUUCCCCCCCGGCGUCCUCCCUCGCGGUCUCCCGCGGCGGCAGAUGUGCUUGGGGCCACCGCGCAGCUGGGACUAUGGUGAAAUUUCCAGCGCUCACUAACUACUGGCCCCUCAUCCGCUUCCUGGUCCCUCUGGGCAUCACCAACAUCGCCAUCGACUUCGGGGAGCAGGCCUUGAAUAGGGGCAUCGCUGCUGUUAAGGAAGAUGCUGUGGAAAUGCUGGCCAGCUAUGGACUGGCAUACUCCCUGAUGAAGUUUUUCACUGGUCCAAUGAGCGACUUCAAAAACGUCGGUCUGGUGUUUGUGAACAGCAAGAGAGACAGGACCAAAGCAGUUUUGUGCAUGGUUGUGGCUGGCGCUGUAGCUGCUAUAUUCCAUACCUUAAUAGCAUAUAGCGAUUUGGGGUAUUACAUAAUUAAUAAGCUACACCACGUGGAUGAAUCGGUGGGAAGUAAAACUCGGAGGGCCUUCCUUUAUCUUGCUGCCUUCCCUUUUAUGGAUGCCAUGGCAUGGACCCAUGCUGGAAUUCUUCUGAAACACAAGUACAGUUUCCUGGUGGGAUGUGCCUCCAUCUCAGAUGUCAUAGCUCAGGUUGUUUUCGUAGCCAUUUUGCUUCACAGUCACUUGGAGUGCAGGGAGCCUCUCCUGAUCCCAAUCUUGUCCUUAUACAUGGGAGCACUUGUCCGAUGUACCACAUUAUGCCUGGGAUACUACAGGAACAUACAUGAUGUCAUUCCUGAUAGAAGUGGGCCUGAAAUGGGGGGAGAGGCUACAAUCAGGAAGAUGCUGAGCUUCUGGUGGCCUUUGGCAUUAAUCUUGGCCACUCAGCGAAUAAGUAGGCCCAUCGUCAACCUUUUUGUCUCCCGGGACCUAGGUGGCAGUUCUUCAGCCACAGAGGCAGUGGCAAUUCUGACAGCUACCUAUCCUGUGGGACACAUGCCAUAUGGCUGGCUGACAGAAAUUAGAGCAGUAUACCCAGCUUUUGACAAGAAUAACCCCAGCAAUAAACUGGUCAACACCAAUAGCACCGUCACAUCGACACAUAUCAAGAAGUUCACUUUUGUUUGCAUGGCUUUGUCCUUAACGCUCUGUUUUGUGAUGUUCUGGACACCAAAUGUGUCAGAGAAGAUUUUAGUUGACAUAAUCGGAGUCGACUUCGCUUUUGCAGAGCUGUGUGUCGUUCCUUUGCGCAUCUUCUCCUUUUUCCCAGUUCCAGUGACAGUCAGAGCACACCUGACUGGUUGGCUGAUGACUCUAAAAAAGACAUUUGUGCUGGCACCCAGCUCAGUGCUGCGGAUUAUCGUCCUCAUCACUAGUCUCAUUGUUCUGCCUUACUUGGGAGUUCAUGGAGCCACCUUGGGAGUAGGAUCCCUUCUAGCAGGGUUUGUGGGAGAAUCCACUAUGGUCGCAAUAGCGGCCUGUUACGUCUAUCGAAAACAGAAAAAGAAGCGGAACGAGAAUGAAACGUCUGGAGAAGGUGAAGACUCUGCCAUGACCGACAUGCCUCACACGGAGGAAAUGACAGACAUCGUAGAAAUGAGAGAAGAGAAUGAAUAAGAAAUGGGAUGCAAUUGUUCUCUGCAGGGACGAUUGGAGUGACACUUCAGCAUCUUGUCGUCUCUCAUACUUUUUUUGUUUGUUUGUUUUUAUUUUUGUAAUAAAGAGGCCUUGAUUUAAAAGGUUUCAGAUAAAUUCUCUAGCAUACUGAGUAUGCUCACACUGAUGAGGGACCUAAAAAGAGGUCUUUGCUUUUUUCUUUUUCAAUUGAAUUUGUUUUCUCACUCCAUGCAAACAUAAAAGAUACAAUUGCAUCACUGUAGAGUCUUCCUUACUUAUGCAUCCAUCUUCUCUGGACAAUCUGCAUUUGUCAACCAAAGCCCUGCUGUGUGUGUGUGCCUGCGUGCACACACACGAGUGCCACUGGCUCAGUGCUACUGCCAUAAUCCUUCUCCCUCCCCUCUUUCCUUUUCCUUCCUUUUCUUUAUGAGAAAUGUUAAGGAAAAGAAGUUUGGAAUACAGAGCUUUAUUUUACUUGCUUGAAAAUGAAUUUGCUACAUAAACUAAUAUACUAUGGUGAACUAUAUCUUUUUGUUUGGCCUCAUCACUAGAGCUUAUACUGCACAGGGUACAAGGCAGGGAGGAACACGUAAGUCUCCAUAUGGGGAAAAACAGAUUCCUCUCUUCUGGUAAAAGUGUGUGGAUGUGCAUAUACACACACAGAGACAUACAUGUAUAUAUAUUUAUAUAUAUAUGCAUAUGAUAAAUAAAAUACACACAGGACAAGAACUCUGCUUAGUUUUCAUUCCAUCUGAAAGACGAAAACCUUUUGAAAAAUGUAAGCAUUUAAUUCAGAAUCUUCUUGAAUAGUUAAGCACCACCUCACAUAGUUUUCUCUAGGAAAAAAAAACACCCAUGCACUUUCCUCUUGUGAAGAGGGUGACAGCAACUGAUAUAAUUUGACUGUAUUUGAAUAAAAAAAUAAACAUUGACAAGCUUUACCAAAGUUCUUGUCCACUGAUUUAACUUUAAUUUUCAGAGGCUGAUUUGCUCUACUUUUAUUUCUGGUGUCUAUAUAUUGAAAGAAAAAAUAUAGGUAACUUGUGCAGGAUACCAUGCUGUGUCAUAAUCCUACACAUAGUUCCAUAAAAUCAUUCAUUUGGUGAUGUACACAUGCUCACACACACGUGUAUAUAUAUAAAUAUAUAUAUAUAUACACACAUAUAUGUAUGUUUUGCUAUGAUAUAUUUACCUAUGCAGUAGAUCAGAAACAGUAUGGUGAAGCUCAAGUACUGGUAGUCCUCCAAGUCCUCAAGUAGGGACCAUGAUCACUUGUUAUCUCUUAACAGUGUCAUGGAAGUGGAAAGCUGCUCAAACCAGCAAGUUGCACUUUGCAAACAAGGCAGGCACUGUGCAGUUUAAUUGAGCCUUAAAAAGUAGAGCGUGGUGUUGGAUGGUCGGUCCUUGUCAAGUGGAAAUGAAGCCUAAGUAAGAGGUUACUGAAACAGAUGGUUUGGGUGCCACUGAUGACGGCUGCGGGAGCAGCUUCUAUUGCUGUGGCUGUUCUGUGUUUGGCUGCGGGGCAGCGUUCCUGUGUCCAGUUUGUAGUAGCUUGGGUUCUUUCAGUUGUAACUGUGCCAGAUUCACAUUCUGGGUACAGUUAUCCUACAUGGUAUUUCUGCAAACCAGUUAAUUUAAACUUUGUUUAGUAAAAAUAUAUUUUUAUAAGUUGUGGAAAUGAUUAUUUAAUUGUGGACAACUUCAGUUUCUAGAUUAUUUGCCAGGUAGUCCCAGCACUCAGAAAAUUGACCAGAAUUAGCCAUUACUUUCAAUGUUAUAUCAAUAUAUGUGUGUAUAUGCAUACACAUGUGUAUAAAUAUAUAUAUUGUAUAUUAUGUACAUUUAUUUUAAGCCACAGUACAUUUCUUAUUUUUCCAAGUUCAGCUAAAAAUGUCUCUAAAACAUUACCGAGUUGACUAGUAACCUGGUGUAGCUGUCAUGAAAGGCAUUGUAUCAAUGAACUUCGUCUUAGAUAUUUGUACCCAUUUGUUAUAUGUGCAAAUGCAGUAAGAAGAGACUUAGAAAUGAUUCUGUCCAAUGAUAGACUUGAAAAAUCAGUCCAUGGUUAAUUAGCGGUGGCAGAAAAGGACAAGACUAAACCUAGUAGCCACUCAUUUUUUGUGCCACCGCAAGGUUGUUCUCACUGUCUAUUGUAGGAGAGUUUUUAAAAAGACUAAAUGUCCUCAGACAAAUGAACUUCAUGCAGUAUGGAGACUGUACACAUACACAUUCACAAACACCCUCAAACAGUCAUAUGUAUAUAACAUGUAUAUAGACUGUUACAGUUCACAGCGGCCAGUUAAAGACUUCUCUGUUCUUGUCGUUUUCAUUUAUAUCCAAAUCUGUAACACACAGUUUUUGAGGAACUGUGGGGAUAAAGCCCUAAACUAUUUUGAUACUCGACAGAAAUACAAAUAGCAGUAUUUUUGAGGAAUUUUGAGCAUUGCAGGUGUAGGGUUCAAGGUAACGACUGCACCAAAAGUAGGAAUCUGAAAACAAAUUCACUGAUGCACUGAGUCUUUUGUUUUAGAUAGAAAACUGAACGAUCAUUGAAGAGUCAAUUAUUGAUCAUAUAGAGCGAAACUAAUGGUGUUGUAAAAGUCAAAAUUUUGGGUCUGUGGGUAGUUAAUAUUCCUUUAUUUUACACAAAAAACAAGUAGUGAAUGAGCACAGGAGUGGUAGGAUUUGGGCAAGUAUUCACAAAGUUUUGUAAAGACACGUUCAUUACACUGAUUCCCAUUUUCUGUGCACUGUGUACUUUUUGCCUUGCUGGGUUAACCAAAUCUCCUGAUGUAUCUGCAACACGUAACUCCAUAUGGGAGCUUGGUGUCCCAGCAGAUGCUCUCUCACAGUGGCAUGCUCAACCUGAUGGCAGGUCCACAAGGAGCUCCAUGUGCCACAGCAGCGCCCAGAGCUCCAUCUGGUGACAUCUUCAAGGGCUUCAGUGACAAUCUGAGCCCCAUUUGAUGGUGCGUCCAACUGGACUGCCUUUGGACCAAGGGCACGUGCCACCAUGUCCAGCUUAACUGAACCCCACUGAAUGGGUCCAAUCAUUACCCGCCCAAGUGUCUCUGCUGAGCAGGCCCUUGUGAACAUGCUGGCUUCUUCCCACACAAAGGGUCUCUUGAAUUUUGAUGAAAUGCUGUCUCCUUUGUGGUGUUGCUCAUGACUUCUCUAUCUGUGUGAUACAUUCUGAGGUAACAGAAAUCUGUUAGUUGUCUGUUUUGAGAGGGAGAAACAGCACCAUCAUCUCGCUGAGCUCACGUGAAGUUUCAGCCUUUCAAUACUUUCUUGAGAAAAACUGAAUUAUAUCAGUGAAGGUACAAUAAAAAGAGCAAAAAAGUUGAUCUUCAUCCUACAUUUUAUGUUUUAGUCCAUGAAGGAACAUACCACACAGCAGAAAGUAGAAGGGAUGCUGGUAGAUUGUGGAUUAAUGUUCCUAGGCUUUUCAUACAUACUUAAGGUUGUGUUAACUGUCUGAGUUUUCCUUUCACAGACCCAGUAGCAGUUGGAAAGCACCUAUUUUUUAUCAUCUCCCCCACACGCUUACUAGGCCAUGGCCCUGGUGAGGCGGGCUCUGCGUGUCCCAUCCCUCUUACACAGCCAUACAGUCAAGAGUGAGAGCUGUGCUGGGCAAGAGGAUGGGUGAGUAACAGAGAAGUCUUUUGUUUCCUACUCAUUUUGCUGCUAAAUAUUUCCUUUGAAUGGGGGAGAUUUAUAUCUGGCUCUCGGUCGGGUUGUGCCGAACUGCUGCAGACAGACAGACAGUGGCUGGAGACGGAGGGUGAGCUGCUGAAUGCAGUGUAUUCAGGGCAGGCAACAGCACACAGACAGGAGCCUUUUGAGGGAGAGAGUUCUUUUUUUGUGGGCUGGCGCCUCGUGCUUAAAGGGAAGGGUGAAAGGACACCUUGGGGUGCUUGGAUUGGCCACCAGGCGCAGGCAGUGCGGGGUGGUGUGGGAGCAGAAGGGCAGUGGCACGACUCGGCCUCUCGCUGAGGUGUGGGCAUGGUGUGAUCAGUGGGACAGUGCGGCUGGGAAUACCUGAGCAUCAGUCCAGUAGCCAGAUAGAUGAAUAUAUAUAUAUGGGUAUGUAUAUAUGAGUGUGUAUGUAAGAGUGUUAUGCACAUGUUUUUACAACUGGCUGUAUGUAGUUUGCUGGAACAAAGUACAAAUAAGAUCUUAAAGAGGGAACAUGGAAAAGUUUAUGGAUGUGGCACACCUGGCCUGAAGGCAUCACUGGGUGGAAGUCAAUUAACAGAGAGCAGAAAUGGCUCUGCCAUUCUCCUGUUAACUGCACUGGAGAGGAACUGAAGGGUGAGAAGCGAUGUGUAAAUGAGGCACAGCUCUGAGUAUUUGGGUUUCUGAGAGUGGAGGAGUCAUCAGAGAAAAGAGCGUGAAAACGCCUCAGAAAAGUAUUCAAGCAGAAGUGAACCAAUAUGUGUGCUUUGCAGCACUCAGAGACUUUACAUCGCCUGCUGAUUCCAAGUAACUGGCAGUAACCAGGCAAAUGUCACGAGCUUUAGUUAAACAGAGUUAGAGAGUAACAAAGAGCGAAUUACACAGCUUUGAUAUCUAACUGGCAUUUCCCAAGUACCAAGUUAGCCAUAUGCAUGUGCAGACUGUCGUGUUUGCAGACCACGGCAAGAGCCCACUGCAUGUCCCCCAGGCCACAACCAUGGGCUCUUCUUGGCUUCCCUGCAGCACACCUUGUUGUACUGUGUGCUGAUGCACAGCAUGAAGUGAGGCACCUACAUUAAUUAGAUCAGCCAUGAGCUCAGGUGCAGUGUGGGCCAGACAUGCAAGAGAGCAGCAGAGCAGGGGGAUGAAGCAGAGUGCUUAGGGAGCCAUGGCUCACAUGUGAUUUUGGAACAGCUUGUGUGGAUUUGUUCUGAAAAUCAGUGCACAGAUCCACUCUUCAACAAAGCCAUUGCCAGACUUCUUGGCAUUCUAUGAUUGCUAGACGUUGUCACUCCUCACAUCUACUCAAGUUUCACCUCACUUCUCUCUCUCAUUCCCAGUUCUGCACUGUCAGAUAUUUCUUUAGUUUCUUCUGAAGGCUCCUGCUAGGUUUAUUUUGUCUGCUGGCAUUUUGAGAAGGAAAACAUGGUCUUCAUGCUGAAUGUCAAGUAAUGUAGUCUUUAAAAAGUAGCUUGAAACAGAACUGUUUUUGAUGAACUGUUUUUUGCUUUUCAUUUGCUAAGCCAAAAAGGAGUCAAGAAACAGAAGGAACUGGGGGAUGUUCUUUAUUUAAAAUCAAGAAUUCAAAGAAUUAAUUCAAGUUUACUACUUAACUCGAGCCAUUCUUUUGACCUGCUGGUGAUUUUUGAGCGCCAGGUCCCAGCUCUUCCAGCAGCAGAGCACUGUUCUAAGCACAGGGAAGCACAGGACUUUGUAUAGAUGAAAACUAAAAUACAACCUGAAGAGGCUGAUUCUUAGGAAGAAUCUGCUCAAAAUUCAGCUGAACUUGUGCAACCUGACUAAUGUCUAAAGUUGCCCUGCUUUGGGGUUACAUAGAUAAAUACCUGCCAUCUCCGUCUGACCUAACUUGUUCCCUGCUUCACUUAGGAACCUAGGAUAGUCCUGUCAUCUUAAGGCACUUGAGACUGUUUGUUGUUUUUUUUUAGGGUUUCAGGGCUGAGAGAUGGUGCCUGCUAGGGCUCAACAAUGCAGAUAUCUAAGCCAAAAUCUGAGCUUCACAGAUUCUUUUGCAGAUGACAAAACUUUCAUAUUUCAGGGCCAGCUGUAAGCAGCCUCCCACCCUGUGGGAGCCCCACAAUGAGGGCAAAGCAAAGCUCAGCUAUUGUAUACACAGACAAAAUAUUUGAGAACUGCACUGCACUUUUACAGUUAACUCUCUAAGUACAAAAGCCUGAAACCAGCAAGCAACUGCAUGCAUCACCCUCUUUUCAUGUGCAUCAUUCAGCACCAUAAAAAAAGCUUUCAAGUUAAUGCAAAGUAAUACUACAAUUUAUGUAAUAAACCAGCUUGAGCCUGUCUACAAAUGAGAGCGUCUAAAUACUCUCUUAGGAAAGGAUGUAUUUGAAUGAGUGUCCCGCCUGGGUGGAAAGCAGAGUGUGAGCGCACACACGGAAAGCAACAGAGCCUGAACUAGCAUACUCAGCUUUGUAGUUAGCAGCACUAAUGCAACUCUGGUUCUGUGUCCUAUUACAGUAAACACCAUGGCCUUCCUAAGCUGUGACAAAACAAUUAGGAGGCUGCAGGCCACAGGGUUACUUACAUCAACUGAUUUUAUCAAGAGACCUUGCAAAUGCUACGACGUUCCAAAAGCAAAACCUGUAAAAAAAAAAAAAGAAGGCUCGUAUGCAUUUUUAUAGAAGAUGUCAACAAGGUUCUUAAAAUUAAUCCCACUUUCAGUGAUGUAGUUCAAAGCGCACUUUGCUUACUUUAUUUUUAAUAAAAAUUCACCCACAAAACACCAUAUAUUAUUACAAAGCAAAUGGGUAAGAUGUGGAAUUCAAACUCUGUUUUUUUUCAGUGGGACAGAAGCUCCCACCACCACAACCACCACAAAGGCAUUUGAGCUCAGGUGGUGUCACUCAUUCAGAACACUGGCCUCACUACUACUGCUACUUUAGAUCUGCUUUUGUUGCUGCUGCCUCCAUUUUCUUGAUGCCAGGCACCCAGGGCAGUGCUUGGUUGGACACACCAGCAUGGCCAUGGGUCUCCAGGGCUUGCCUGCCAAGUGAGAGGUGACUCAAAACACAGAGCCCCUUUAGGACAAAACCUGAUGGCUUGUCAUUCCACCAUUAUGAGCAAGCUGGGGGCAGCAGUCUUCCCUAGAGCUGGCUCUUCUGAGAGAGGGAAAAUAGACUUUGCCUUUUAUUGAUGGGAUUGUGGCUGGGAUUGCAGCCACUGUCAGGUCCUCCAGUGCUGCUUUUGGUUGUUGGUUUAGUUUGUGCUGUGACAUUGGCAGAGCAUCUUAGUAAUACAGGCUGUAGAAAUCCCAGCUGGAGACCAAAGAGUCUUUUCUGCUUGGUGGCAUAGAUGAAAUGAAUUUAAUGGUGCAAUUCCCUCAUUUAUCAUCUUUAACGGGAGGUUCACUCACCUAUGAAGGUUACCGGGCAGCACUGCUGAUAUCAGAUAAACCUGAACUUUACGGUUCUAGGAACACAAAAGACACCAAACUUUGUCACACUUUUUGUGGUGGAGAAAGAGGGAAGCUUCAUUCAUUCCACUCUCUAUCUUCACAUAGUUGAACAUGGCCAGCCACAAGGUUACUCCAGAAAGAGCUCUAAAGCUGAGCAGAACCCAGAACCCAAAAGGAAAAGCAGCAGAUGAGAACCAUUUUGUCUCUGCAGCAGGGGAUCAUCUUGGAGGAGGGCUAAAUUGAAUAGAAAUGUCCCCCAGAAAGUAUUGGUUUUAGAGCAGAGGUUCAGGAUGGCUUAGACCACAUUGUACAUCAUUUGUAAAGUAGUAACAGCAAGGAUAGCAGGUUCUCCAAACUCCAAAAGGUGUUCUGAGGAUAGAGUUCACUGAUCAUGGUGAAAAAUGCUUGGAUACUGCAGGGAACAGCACCACAGAAAUGCCUAUAAAUACUGAAUACUCAUAUUUGCAUGUUCUAAUUGUGCCUUUGGGUUCUCUAAAAUUGACUUGUUUUUAGUUUAAUAGAAAUACUUUAACAAAUUGAGAGUGGGAAACAGUGUCUUGAAGCAGCAUCCUAAGAAAGGGUAGCACAGCAUCUGAAGGCUUUCUUGGGAGGGAGCAGGAGGGUGUUUGAGGGCCUCUGCCCACGGAGCAUUCUGCAGGACUGUUCUCAGUUCUCUUCUGUUCUCAGUAGGCUUCCAAGUAGUAGCUGGGCACCCUUUGGGGAGUGCUGUGUUUGCACUGGGGUUAAGGUCACCUUUCCAUAAGGAAAAAAAAAAACCAAGCAACUCAUUUCUUUGUUCAUUUCUGUUAUUUUAAGGUAAAUCUGAGAACUAGGCAAAUGGUUAUUUCACCUCAGAGGUAUCACUUGCUUUUCAUUUCUUUCAGAGUAUCUUUCACUAUCAGACUCAGACUCUUUCAGUGUCUUUCAGGAUAAAGCUAUCUUUAUGCAAAGCAGCAUGCUUAAUAGCAAUCGCUGACUAUUUAAACAAGUCAAUUUUCCAAGGACUGUAGGUAUCAAGUCAGAGCCCUAUUUGGAACUACAGUACAGGGAUCCUAGAUUUUAAAAGAAAUGUUACCUCAUGCAUCAUUUUCUGCCAUACUUUUGUAGAAUUCCAAUUGAUUUCUCUCAAAAGAAGCAUUGUUUUCUUGAAGCUGUACACCUAAAGCGACCCGUUUGUUUUUUAAUGAACGUUUUUCUUUGCUUUAAACACGUGGGUUUUCUGUAACCUCUAAAGAAACCAAUGAAGGUAAAAACUUUGUACAUUUUUUCAAUGACUGCUGAGGUCGAAAGUAUAAAAGUACGUGUUGCAUUAAAACUGAGUGUUGUUUAUGUAUUUAACAGAGAUGUAUGUUUUUUGCAUUGUUAAAAAGAACGAUCUAUGCUUUCUUUUAGGAGGGGGGGGGAGGUCUGUGCUCCAAUAUUGUCCAACAGCUUUCAUAUUCUAAUUACUUUAAGUAAAAGUUCUAACAGUUUGCAUAUGA